AUGACCUCGACCUGCCUGCCAGCCAUCCGUGCUCCCUGCUUCCCACUCCUCUCGGGAAAAGAGAGCCGUGCCCCAUGCGUGCCGUCCUCACUUAAGCCAAAGAGCCAAUCUCGUCGAGGCGAUGCCAUUGUUGCACAUGGUGCAGGCUCUUCCCUUUUGGCGCACAGUCACACAGACCUCAUUUCCUCUUUGGCGCGACAUUGCGUUACACUUAAGCAACCACCGCAGCAACCACCACCAAUGGAAUAGCAGCACAACACCCAGAGCCAGGGAAGCGGCAAACAGCCGGUGCUCCGAUGGGUCGGUUCGGUCGGCAGUCGGUGCAUGUGCAUCGUGAGAAAGUUUACUGGAGACAUUCCCACAAGUAUUGGGAUUGUGCCGCACUCUUGCUCCCGGUACUCAGCCUCGGUCAGCUGUGACACUUGUUUGGCGCAUUUUGCGAGAUUGGGCCUUCGGAUUCGGCCCAUUGACGGAAUCCACCUGCCCGAGGGUGAGUUUCCAGGCCUCAAAUUCAAGACCAGGGGUCGCUGCAAUCGCAGCCAUGAAAUCGAGAAGUUAACAAACAGAGAAAACGGCACCAGCGACAUUCGCUGA